AUGGCCACCUACAAGAUCAGAGGACGUGUUUGUAGUUGUUGUCUAUCGGUUGUGUUGAACACUGGAAGAGACUUGCUAAUCACGAAGUGGGAUCCGCCGGUGUCACUAUGCUCGAAGCUGUUCACAACCAUGGACGACGACAGCAUUGGGGGAGACGAAGAUCUACUGGGCACCGAACCACUGGCGCAAUACGAUCUACGCCGUAAUCAUGAUGACAAUAUUAUCAAGGGACGUUUCUCGUUGUUCCAUAUCGGUUUUAUCAUCACUCGCAUCACGAGCUCUCUUCAGCUUUUUAGUGUUUAA